AUGACAGAUGGUGAAAUAGAAGACUGUUUUGAAAGAAUGCUGUCCAGAAGAGGCAUACAUGAUAGUAAUGCUCGAUUGAAAAUGUUGGCGUUUCCGGUGGAAAAGAAGCGUCUGAUGGUAGCUCAAGAUAUACAGCUUGACAAAAGCAAUAAGGCAGAGCAACAUCAUCAGUCGGAAAUUAAGGGGCCAGAAUACUAUGUCAAGAAACUGUCAGAUUUGUCGAAAGGUGUCAAUAUAAAAGUUGUGUCGCACCUAGCUGUAGGAUUAAGAACCAAUCCAUUGAGAAAAAAUAGUUGGGUUCGUCAGUUUAUUGAGUUGCAAGGCUUACAGGUCCUCACGGAUCUCUUAAGGGCUUUCAAUAAGAAUAAAAUCAAACAAGAACUGAACCUAUCUGUUGAGGCUGACAUAUUGAAAUGCUUUAAAGCAUUGAUGAACAAUAGAGUUGGUGCACGGGAAGCCUUAAGACACCCACAGUGUUUGAACCAGAUUGUACAAUGUAUUGUAUCUGAAUCUAUUAAUUCUCGGCGACUCGUUUGUGAGGUGUUGGUCUUUAUGUGCUAUUAUGAAAAACCUGUGGGGCAAGAUUUGGUAUUGAAGGGGUUGGAUCAAUUGCGUGACAAGCAGAGAGGUUUGGGUCGAUUUGAUGCUUGGCUGUCAGAAUUGGAAAUUACGUUGGGUGGCAGAGGAAGAAUGGGUAGCAUGGUUGGCGCUAGCGACGAUUUCAAAAGUUUGGCGACUUACGGUUCGCCGGAUAACCAGCUCACUGAAUAUGCUUUGUAUAAUAUGCUUUUGGUUAACGCUAUCAUUAACGUUGUGGAUGAUUCGGAAAUAAGAAUCCAUUUGAGAAAUCAAAUGACAGCAUCUGGCUUGGAGAGGAUUUUAGAAAAAAUGGCAGAAUUAGCAGACGAACAUUUAGAUCGGCAAAUGAAAGAGUACAGAACACUAGCAGAAAAUGAUCAGGAUGAACUUAUGGAGAUGUAUCACGAAUAUGUACUCAGUGAUCAAAACGAUCCUCGUGAUGUAUUUGAAUGUAUAUUGUCCAAUGUAGAAGGCACUCGUAGCUAUGACUUCUUUCUAAGUUGUCUUCAGCAUUUAUUACUCGUGAACAACGAACAAAAUGGAUUAAAAUCGAGAUAUUUUCAAAUUAUCGACAACCUAGUAUCUCAAGUUGUGUUGGAUCAUAAAGGUUUGGCAGAAGAUUUCUCAACUGAUUACACUACCACUGUACAACAUCUAGUAAAUAAGUUCGCUGAUCAAGAUCAACUCAAAGCUGCAUUGGAGGACAUUAAGGAAUUGCAGCAGAGCUAUGAUGAAUUAGAACGUGAGCGCGACAUGCUUCGUGAACAGUUAUCAAACAGAGGAGAUAUAGAAGGCACUGUGGAAAUUGAACAGCUGAGAGAAAAAACCGUAUCCCUUGAGGAUUUAUUGCGAAUGUCACGACAUACCAUAUCGACAUUACAGAGGAAAUUGAAAGAUUUACAAAACGAUUACGAUGCCAGUGUGGAAAGAGCGAACCAUCAACUAGAAGAGUUUACAAAAUUAAUCAACGAGGCUAAAGUCAAUAAUGAUGGUUAUAUUGCUAUUCUGAAGAAGAAAGUAGAUACUAUUUUUGGAAGACUACAGACGCAGGAACAAUUGGAAGGCAAGAAUAAAACUUUAACCUCAAAUGACUUAUCCAAUUUUACCAGUUUGCAAACGCACAUGGAAGAUCAAAAGAAUAAACAUAAAUCUUUAGCCAUGGGCUUAUCCGAAGAUUUCAAAAAUCAAUUAGCGCGUCAAUUUGGUGGCUUGCAGAAUGGCGGUUUUGGAGAUUUCGCUUUGCCUGGCACAAUGCCAUUGAUGGGCUCUGCUGUAAGACGAUCAAAUCAACGCCGUCGACAACCGCAGUCUGAGAGAACCACCGAAGAAUCGAGUCAAGUGGACGGUGGAGAACUAAAUGAUGUACCCAAACGUAAAACCUCGUCGGACAUACACAAUGACUUAGAACAUACUUUACCAAAGUCAUCCAGGCUGUCAUCUACAAACAAUAAGGAAAACAAUAGGAAUGAUAUAAAGAAUAGCCAUAUAUCUUCCACAGACAAGAUUAAUCAUCCACAACCUUGUAUCGAUGACAAAAUUACUGCAAAUGACGAAGACGAUGAAGAAUACUCUUUGUCGUCAGUUCUCUCUUCUGAUGAAGAAGAAGAUUCAGAUAUACCCAUGAUUACAACCAAAGAAGCAUGGAAAAUAAGCAUACCCAAACCAUCUACAGCUACAAGCUCCCAAUUCAUCAAACCACGUAACAAUACUGCUGGUUGUAUUUCACAGCCAUCUCCUGAUUCCCCUGCUGCUGCUCUUACAUCUCCCGGUUCUUCUCCCCCAUCUAUUUUGCCACAGAUCGAAAUUGACUCCUCUACACCUUCUACACCACGGCCAUCUCGUAAUUCGAUUACGCAAGGCAAUGCUCCUCCUCCACCGCCACCACCGCCACCACCACCUCCUCCUCCUCCCUCAGCAAUAACAGCAAAUAGUGCCAUCAAGUCAGUCACAGCCAAUGAAAAAAAUGAAGGUACCAAUAAGUCACUGCCGCCGGCGCCACCGCCACCUCCACCACCACCUCCUCCUCCUGCUGCACCUACACCACCCAAUGGUGCCUCUGCUAUUCCAACUGCUAUACCCCGUAAACAACUCAAACACUUACCCGGUAUAAAAACUCGUCAACUACAAUGGCAAAAACUCAACCUCAAUGAUAUUAAUGCUACAGUUUGGAAAGAUGCUGCAGCUCCCGAUAAAGAUGAAGCCUUAGAAGACUUACUGAGCUCAGAGGGGGUGUUUAACAAAAUGGAAGAAAUUUUUGCUCAAAAACAAUUCGCUUCAAAAAAGGCGCUUCAGCACAAGGAGAAACGACAGGAAAUCUGCAUUAUCGAUUCCCGCAAAGCCUAUAAUAUCAACAUUGCUAUCAUUGCAAAAUGUAAAAAUAUAUCCUUUAAGGACUGUAAAAAGAAAAUUUUGGCAAUGGAUGAGAAGUUUUGUACAGAGGUCAUGUUAAGGAACUUGCUGGCAAAUGCUCCUUCUCAUGAUGAAAUGGGCAAAUUAUCUGUGUUCCUCAAGACGGCGUCUGAGGAAGAUUUGCAAAGUUUAUCUAAAGCAGAUGCAUUUUGUGCUGAGAUUAUCACCAUUGAUCGCUUUAAGGAACGAUUUACGAACAUGCUUUUCGUUACGACAUUCUAUGAGCGCAUUACUCAGCUUGGCAGAAAUAUGACAAAUGUUAUGGAUGCCUCAACAAAUUUGAAAGAAUCAAAAGCUUUCAUUGAUUUCCUCAAUAUUAUAUUGAUGAUCGGUAAUUUCUUGAACGGUACCAAUUUCCAAGGUGGUGCAUUUGGCAUACGUAUAGGAAGCAUCAAUAAGCUUGUAGACACCAGAUCAUCUGGCAAUGACUCGACACUACUGCACUUUUUAUGCACAUUAAUUACAGAAAAGUUUCCACAUAUCAAUGACAAUUUACUAAAAGAUCUUGAACUUUGUAGUGAAGCUUGUAGAGUAACAAUCCAGGAUCUCGUCAAGGACUACAAUGAGUUACGCGUUGGCUUGCAAACACUUAUUCACGAACUUGAUUGUCAUUACAAUGACAGUUAUAUAGCGCCACCAAAUGAUCGCUUUGCAGAAAUGAUGUAUAAAUUCCGUGAUAGAGCCAUUGAAAAGUUUGACCAACUUGAGGUUCGAUAUACAUCUAUGGACGUAGCUUACAAAGACGUUGUAUCUUAUUUUGGUGAAGACCCUAACGAAAUGAAACCUGAUGAAUUCUUUGGUAUUUUCCAAACCUUCAUAUCCAGUUGGAAUAAAGCCAAAUCAGAUAUCGAAAAGCAAAGACAGAAAUUAGAACAAGAACAAAAGAUGAAAGAUUUGCAAGAGCAGCGAAAGGCACGAGUGAAAAAGAAAAAUGCCAACGAUACUUCAUCGGAUAGUCAGGACGAUAAAGAUAUUAUGGAUAACCUCUUGGAGAAACUAAGAUCAGGAGAAAUGGCCACAACAUCCCAUCGAAAAAGCCGCAGAUUAUCAAUUAGAGAGAGGCGAAAAACCAGGACAGAAUCAAUGGUAGUUAAAGCAGAGGACCUACUGAGACAUAUUCAAAGUGAGGAAGACACAGUACCACCGUUACCAAGGAGCGGCCGUCCGCGUAGCAGUAACUCUAGACGAUUUACAAAUUCAGAAAGAAUGAAGAAACUAGCUUCCUUAGCAGAAAAUGAGAAUGGUAGUUUCGAGGACAACAUGACUAGUGGGCUAGCAACCUGA